CGGCGGGUUUUGCUCAGACGUUUAGUUCCAUCGCGCACGAUUGACUGGUACUCCAUACCGAAAAUUCGCGAUAUAUUUUUUACAUCAAAUCAAAUUGAAUAUCGAUUUGUAUACAGUGGACCCUGGUGGCAAUAAAGUGACAAGGAUGGAUGUCAUCCUGCAGUUGUACCGGCGUUUGUUUACGUCCGGAACGCUCGGGCGUCGAAAAUAGAUUCUUUUAUUAGAUAUCUGCUUUGACCCCGAUGUUAUAAAAGUUUCGGGACGGGAAUUAUACGAAGUUUCGGGUGAAAGUGGUGAUGAGUGAAGGAGGGAAUGAAGAGAAAAUACUUACCCUUCAAAUCCCUAUCAUAAGAACCGAAUCCGAAACCCAAACCCUAGGCCAUUUAGUGUCCAAGUCCCCUGAAAAAAAUCCCGAAGCCAUGGACGUCGAUGAUCAGAAGCUGUCUAUAAGGAAGAGGAGAAACUUGUCCAAGAACAGAGGACAAGCUGCGAGACAGAGAGAGAAAACACCUGAACCAGGUAGAACCCCAAUACAUGAAGACACGACUACCUCUGAUGAUGAAGAUUCCAAACCUCCACGUAAUUCACGAGAACUAGAAGCAGACAAUACCUAUGAAGAAAUGAGACGCUUAGUUCUAGAACAAGCUAAUGUCAAAGAUCCAGUUUAUGAUUUAAAUACCGACGAAGUUAUGGAACAAAGGGCCCAAGCAGCGAAUGAGAGAAGACGUAGAAGUAUUUCACCUUUUGCUUUACCAGAAAAACCUGAAGAAGGAUAUAAGUUUGAGCGCAAAGGAAGUUUUAUUGAUCCAACAAAUAAACUUCUUAGUACGAGUUAUAUUGUAAGCCCAAAAGAUGAAGAUACAUCACCGCGGCGCAGCUCCUUAACAAUCGAACCACCUAGAGAUAGGAGAAGUUCGCUGACGCCCCCAACACCCACAUCAGCAUCUCCAAAAGAAACGAAUUCACCAUUUUCUUUACCUAUGACACCCAAAAAGCUCGAAGAAAUUGUAUACCCUGACGAAGUGAAGACUAAACCGGCAGAAGAUAAGCCUAAAAAUUUAAAAACUCCAGUCACUAAAGACAGUAGUGUGUUUACUUUUGAAGACAAAGACGUUAAACCGGUUACUAAAGACGUCUCGCCAAAAAUGGCUGAAACUAAACCGGCUGAAACCAAAGUAGUUGAAUCGAAAGCAGCUGACGUAAAACCAACUUCUGUAAAAGCAGUAGGAAAAGCAACUGAAACACAAACAACAGCAAUGAUAAAACCAAUCACGUCGAAAAUGCCAGAGACUCCUACAUCAACUGGAGAAAUAGUCACAAAAGUUAUACAAUUGGAAAGAACGCCUAGCAGAAAACUGUCACAAGACAUUAAGCCAAAUGUAGAAAUACGCGAGAGAAUAGUGAGGACACCAAGUAGAAAAAUGUCAGGGGAUGUUAAACCAAUUAUAUCUAAACAAGCACCUGCAAAACCUGUUCGGGAAGAUCUACAAAGCAAGGCGCCACCAGUAAAACCCGCUCGGAGCAAAUCUGCAACAAGAUUUGGGAGUAAGACUAGUGAGAGUGAGAUGAGUGAGGAUCAAGGGAACCAACAGAAUAUUCCAACCGGAGCGAAGCGAAAAAUUCUACCGAUACCACGACGAUUUAUGAAAAACAGAUCACCGAGAGCUAAUCGAUCACAGUCAGUAGCCAGAGCUGACGAGAUUAAGGUAAUAGAUAAGACAGGGACGGAAAUGACUCAAACUAGCAGAGACAUCUUAGAGUUAAUGCAAAAAGCUAGAGCUAGAAGCUUGUCAAUUCCAAAGGAUGACCCAAGACUACCAGUUGAGUAUCAACGUUACAGUAAGACGUUACAGACACCACAAAAUAAAACUCCAGUUUCUAGAACUAGCAGAGGAAUAUCCUGUCCAAAAACGAUACAAAUCAUAAGUGACAAAGAAAUAUUAUCAGGAUUAACAUCAAAAACUUUAAAGAAGCGCGGUGAACCAGAAAAACCUCCAAGAAGGAGCUCUGGGUACAUCGAUGCAAGCCAGUCUGAAUAUACAUCUAGUUGUUACUCAUCAUCACCGAGUGAAAAUGAGUAUGAAUUCGAUUUGUCAGAACGUACUGCAGAAUUAACUCGCAAGCUUAAACUUCUAAGUCAAGAAACUCAAGUAAACGAUAGUUUUGAUUCGAUUGAUAAUCUAGUAAGACACGAAGAAGAGGUAAAGUCUGUUUUACGCAAGAGGUCUUUAGCCGAUAAUAAUAAAAAUGGUGUCAAAAAAGAAAGGCGUCAAUCCCUCGAAGAUAAAAAAUCUAAGAAAAUUGUUGAAGAAAAAAAGAAGUCCACUAAGUCGAGAUGGAAAUUAAUAGCGAAUUGGCAACAGUUUAAGGAAGAUCAAAAAGCUGAUUACCAAUCCCUUAUAUCGUUGAGAAAUCGUUGUGUCUGUGAUCUGUUGUUGAUAAUAAUCAUGUUCGGUUUAGGAGGAAUGAUGUUUAGAUCUUUAGAGGGUUCUUUCGAGAACGCUUACAAAUGUGGAACGAGAAACGUGAAGCGGGAUUUCAUUGAGAGUUUGUGGCGUGGGAGCCACUACUUACGCGAAGAAGACUGGAAAUCAAUGGCGAGAAAGAAGUUAUUCGAAUUCGAAAAUCAACUGCAUACGGCUCACGAAGCUGGCGUGACAUCAUACAGCGGACAGCCUUCGUGGAACUUUAUGAAUUCAUUCGUCUACUGCAUGACUAUAGUUACAACAAUUGGUUACGGUCACAUUGCACCGAAGACAACGUAUGGGAGGGUAGCAACGAUCGUGUACGCUAUAAUUGGUAUACCACUGUUCCUGAUCGUAUUGGCUGAUUUCGGCAAACUAUUCACAAGGAUCAUCAAAUUCUUCUGGGCCUUUAUUAGAAGGUUCUACUACACUAGAAGCUGUAGGAAAGUCCGAAAAACUGUUCCAAUGCAGGAAAUGAUGAAAGGUCUCAAUGUAGUCUACGAUGUGGUGCGGCGACCGUCGCAGAUAUUUUCUGAAGAAGACAUGGAAGGUGUCGGUCAAGGCGACAAGCCUCCACCAGUAGGAAGGAAACCGAGUGAGGCCCCCCCUCCACUUCCUCCGAAACCUGGUCAAGUGAUAGUCAAAGAUGUCGACACUCAACCUGAUACCCCCGUACCUUCACUCUUCGAGAUAGACGAUGAGUUCAACUUACCUAUAUCCGUCGCUAUUUUUAUCCUACUCGUCUAUAUAAUCAUUGGAGCCACCGUCUACAAUAUUUGGGAAACUUGGAACUUCUUCGAAUCAUUCUACUUCGUCUUCAUAUCAAUGUCUACCAUUGGCCUUGGUGAUUUGGUUCCAGACCAUCCUAUGUUCAUGAUGGCUUCUAUAUUGUACUUGGUCUUCGGCUUGGCUUUGACAUCUAUGUGCAUUAACGUGGUGCAAGUGAAAUUAUCGGAUACAUUUAGACAGGCGAGUGCUAAACUUGGUGCUACUAUAGGCUUGAAGGUUGCCGAAGAAGAUGGCAGUCUAGUUCCUAUUACUCCACCACCAACGGAAAUAGCACCUGUGCACAAACCAAAAACAGAAAAAGAAAAAGAGGAAAUAAAAACCAAAGAAAAUGAAGAAAACAACACAAAUAAAGAAAGCUAAUUGUGAGACUAAAACUAAACUAGAUAAUAAUAACAUUGGUGCUGUAGUGUUACAAAUGGUUGUAAGUGAUAUUUAUUAAUUUACGAAUUAAGUAUAUAAUUUUAUAAUUGUUUGUUGCUGUGUGUGUAAAUAAAGAUUUUUACAACUAAA